CAUCUAUGAAACACAAACUCUCAUGUUUCAUUGACAUUCAGCUCCAUUCUUUUUAUGGCACCAAAGCACAAAAACUGGUACAAUUUUGGUGAUCAAUCUGUCUUCCUAACCAUAAAAGACCAGGUAAACUCCACAUAUCCACCACCUCUGCCCAGUCCACCUUCUUCUUUCCCUACCUUAGCUAUUGUUCUACUAAGCCUCAUGGCCUCAGCUUUCUUGCUAGUGAGCUACUAUCUCAUUGUUGUCAAGUUUUGCUCAAAGUGGCACCAACUCAAUCUCUUGAUCAUGAGGUUUCCGACCACCUCACGAGCUCGACAAAAUGAGGAGCUACUUACGGCCUUCUCUCCGUCAGUGUGGAACCGCGGGCUUGACGAAUCAGUCAUUCGUGGAAUCCCAACUGUUCAGUUCAAAGGAGGAGAAGUUGAUGAAGAGAGAAGUGUGUGUGGAUGUGCAGUUUGUUUGAAGGAUUUUCAAGAACAAGACACACUAAAAGUUCUUCCCAAUUGCAGCCAUGAGUUUCACUUGGACUGCAUUGAUGUAUGGCUUCAAAGCAAUGCCAACUGCCCUCUUUGCAGAACAAGUGUUCCGGGUACUAUUCGUUGUCCGAUCGAUCAUGCCAUAGCACCGAGCUCUUCGCCUCAAGACUCGGAGCUGUUUUCUAUCGGUAGUGAUGUGGACUUUGUAGUGAUUGAAUUGGAGGGAGGAGAUGGAGUCAUAACUCAUAGCACAACAUAGAAGUUAUGAACCCAGAAGGACGGAGAACGUAAUAAAACUAAGGUCUGUUUUUCCUUUCCUAUUGAGUGUGAGUUGUAAUGUGAAUUUCUUUUUGUAACCUUUUCUUCUUAAUACAAGCGGUAUUGGAAGAGGGGAAAUCGAGCUCAGGACUUGAGAUGUAUAGAUGAAUGCUUUUAACUAAGCUGUAAACAGUGGCGCAAGAUUGGGAGAGGAUAAGUUAAACUCGGGACAUCAGGUGUAGAAGUGGAUGUUCUUAAUUAACUAAGUUGCAAGCCCUUCGAACGACAUUGGGAGGGGGAUCCAAACUCGGAGCCUUGUGUAGGUGAAUCAUCUUAACCAACUGAGCUAAAGAUGAGAUAAACCAAUGUAUGGGGUCACAUUGGGUUAAUUUUAGACAUAAUGAAAGACAUUAGAGAUUCCUUGCUUAAAGCUUGGCAUGGGUUUUUGAGAAUCAUUGCUUCUAGGUUUGUUAUCUUCUUCUUCUUCAUGAAUGAGAAUGAUUACUUUUAACAUA